AUGCUCAAAUGGAUCUAUCCGAGAGAAUACGAAGCGCCAGAAGAUGUUUCCGAGCUACAGAGAGAUUUCAUGUAUCCCAUCGGACUCUAUAUUCUGGCAGACAAGUACGACGUGAAAGACUUGAUGGAAAACAGCGUGGGAUUACUUGGCUCCGGCGAGGCGUUGGACUACCAGCUCGCAGAUGCCCCCGACGGGAUGGAAGCUGGCCAUGCUGAAGCGAUAAUCAAAGCCUACUACGAUACCCACAACGUCCCUGAUUCUCCCAUGGGGGUCUCUAUUGCCAUAUGCAUGGUCGAUCAAAUGGGUCACUUCUUGAAAGGUGCAAGAUUCAAGGAGCUAAUAUGUGAGUAUACUGGAUUUGGUGUUGAUAUUGUCCUUGCGCAAAUGAAGAGGAAGUCUUUCGAAAAACUCUUUAACGAUCCCACCUUCUCCGACAUCAAGAUCCGCCAAAUAUACAAAGACAAAGUCACCGAAUAUGCAGCUCACAAAGCCGUACUUUGCGCGCAUUUCAGCUGGUUCAUGACUGCCCUCACUGGCCCAUUCCAGGAAGGUUCUGCAAGUACGAUUGACAUCCGCGACGAUGACCCCGAUGUUUUUCGAACGAUGAUGGAGUUCUUCUACGACAUGGAGCUUAAGAUCCCGACUGUACCGACCAAAGGCCCACAGCGCAGUGCCUAUUUCAAGAAAAAAGUGGCACCAAUCAUUCACCUUCACGCUUUGGCCGAAAAGUACGAUGCCGGAAUGUUGCAGCCCCCAGCAGUACAAGCGUUCACGAAAAGCACGAACGGCUGGCCUUUGCCGUUCACUGCUGAAGACUUGGAAUUCUUAGUCCACGCUCACUACCGAUUCUGCUCCGGGGUACUGUGCGAGAUGGGCAAAGCCCUUGUCAUAUUCUUAUUAAACUCUCCGAACAAUUACUUUCGGAAUCCCUCUGGCAUUCAUUUGAAAUAUGUAUUUCAAGCUAAAGUUGAAGAGCUUGUCGAGAAAUAUGGUGAGUUUGGCGCAGACCUGUAUCUACUGGGUCUACGUACUGGCAAGCUUGUGUUCAAAUAA